AAGAGGGGAAAGUCCUGCGGGUGACGUCCCCGGGGAGUGUCGCGGCUCUACGUCAACCUGCGGCGGCCGCCGACUCAUGUGGGGCCACCCUGGUUGCAUUUGUCACGCUGGGGACGCCUCUCAAACCCGCAGCCAGCCAAGCACGUUCCCACACGGGCGACCCCGGCGACCGGGACGCGUCUGGGGCUCUCGCGAAUCUGACCGCGGAACCUCCGCGAGGACAGGCGGGGAAGUGGCGACGGCGGGGGCGGACGGCGGGGGGCUUGUAGUCCCCUCGCGACCCUCUGCUCUGGAAGAAGCGGGCCACAGCCUCCGAACUCUGCGCCUGCCCAGCGGCUUCGCGCUACGGAACGUGGCGCGAGAGGGUCGUGAGCUGGGCGGGCCCACAGGGCGUGCGCGACGGAGCGGCGCAGAGCGUGGCGCGAAGGGGCGUGGCGCUGGUGGGCGUGACGAGGCAUAGUGCAAAGGGACGCGAGGCGCACGCGCAUGAGGGCUGCCGCGGCUUCCCUAGAUUGGGCUUCGGAGGCAAGAGGAGGCCUCCUCACCUUUCACUCUGUCUUUUUAAUAUUAAGAUGAAGGCACACUCCAUAACAUCUUUCCGGCCGGGCCCAGACAUGUCCGUCCUUGUAAGAUAAAAGCUUCCAUGGGAGCCUUCCUUCCUAAAUCAAGCCUCGUGGUGGAACAUCUGACCCAUUCAAGAGGAAGGAUGAAAGCUCUACAUAGGAACACGAUGUGAAUGGAAGAAACCUGUCAUCAUGCAGAUAGUACGGCACUCUCAGCAGACGCUAAAAACAGCUCUCAUCUCAAAGAACCCAGUGCUUGUGUCGCAGUAUGAGAACUUAGAUGCUGGGGAACAGCGUUUAAUGAAUGAAGCCUUCCAGCCAGCCAGUGAUCUCUUUGGACCCAUUACCUUGCAUUCUCAAUCAGAUUGGAUCACCUCCCACCCUGAGGCCCCCCAAGACUUUGAACAGUUCUUCAGUGAUCCUUACAGAAAGAUACCCUCUCCAGACAAACACAGUAUUUAUAUACAGUCCAUUGGAUCUCUAGGAAACACCAGGAUUAUCAGUGAAGAAUAUAUUAAAUGGCUGCAGGGCUAUUGUAAAGCAUAUUUCUAUGGCUUGAGAGUAAAACUCCUAGAACCAGUUCCUGUUUCUGCAACAAAAUGUUCCUUUAGAGUUAAUGAGAACACACAAAACCUACAAAUUCAUGCAGGGGACAUCCUGAAGUUCUUGAAAAAGAAGAAACCUGAAGAUGCCUUCUGCAUUGUGGGAAUAACAAUGAUUGAUCUUUACCCAAGAGACUCCUGGAAUUUUGUCUUCGGACAGGCCUCUUUGACAGAUGGUGUGGGGAUAUUCAGUUUUGCCAGGUAUGGCAGUGAUUUUUAUAGCUUGCGCUGUGAAGGCAAAGUGAAGAAGCUCAAGAAAACAUCUUCGAGUGACUAUUCAAUUUUUGACAACUAUUAUAUUCCAGAAAUAACUAGUGUUUUACUGCUUCGAUCCUGUAAGACUUUAACCCAUGAGAUUGGACACAUAUUUGGACUGCGACACUGCCAGUGGCUUGCAUGCCUAAUGCAAGGCUCUAACCACUUGGAAGAAGCUGACCGGCGCCCUCUAAACCUUUGCCCUAUCUGUUUGCGCAAGUUGCAGUGUGCUAUUGGCUUCAGCAUUGUAGAAAGAUACAAAGCACUGGUGCAGUGGAUUGAUGAUGAAUCUGCUGGCACACCUGGAGCAACUCCAAAACACAGUCGUGAGGAUAAUGGGAAUUUACUAAAACCCAUGGAAGCCUUUAAGGAAUGGAAGGAGUGGAUAAUAAAAUGCUUGACUGUUCUCCAAAAAUAAGGACCUUCAAAUAGGAGUGAUUGAAAUAAAUAACUACUUGCAUGUAAUGCUUUCAUUUGGGUGAAAUACUUCAUUAGAAUAAACUACUGAUCUUGUGCUGUGUCAGAUUAACAGAAUAGAACCUUCUUUCAGAUGCCUGAAUUGAAAUGAAACUCAUUUUGAAUAAUAAAAACUCUAGAAACUCU